UGCGACACUGCGCAUGUGCCAGCAAACAUGGCGGCGCCCUGGCAGCCAAUGUGAUUCCUGGUCCCUGUGAGUGGUGGUGCCGCUGCCAGGGUGAGACCGGGCCGAACCGUGCGGAAAUGGCGCUGCUGUGCCGGCAGCUGGGGGGCAACAGGUCGGGGCUGGCACUUAUUGAUCGCUUUUAUUUCCGGGCCUCCUGUCACUUCUCUAAUGUCAGCAGAGUCCCCUGGUAUAAAACCCACCUUGAUGUGAGGGAUAAGGGGAGAAAACCUCGCUCCGAGCCGCAGUCGAGCAGAGUCAGCAUCUUGAGGGAUCCUGGCGUUUUUGUUGUGGAUAAAAUGUCAAGAGAGAGAAUUUGCCAACUGCUGGUGGAAAAUGUGGUGUAUCUUAAAGGUCCACUUGUGGCUAUAAAUAAACCUCAGGGCUUAUCAAUUACAGGGAAGGAGCAGGAGGUGUCUGUGUCUUCACUACUAGCAGAUCUGCAGCAGCACUUGGGACUCGGCAGUGACCUUCAUAUAGUAAAAGCAGCACCAAAAGAGAGUUCAGGUCUGGUCCUUCUCUCUACGUGUCACAUGACCACAAAGCGACUUGAGGAUUAUUAUGCGCUCUGUCGUAAAGCGCAGAAGCCAACAGCGUCUUACUGUGCAGUGAUGGCGGGGGUUCCACACCCAGCGGAGGGGGAAAUAAAGGCUGCACUGAAACUGGAACGAAUUGAAGAUUGGCAACUGGUUGUACCAGUCACAGAUCCAUCAAAAGGGAGACUGGAAAGGAGAGAAAUAAAGAGAACCCUGACCCGAUAUAAGGUUCUAGACUCUGCAGAUGGCUGUGCUCUAGUACAGCUGCAACCUAUGUCUGUUUUCCAAGCCCAGCUCUUGGUGCACAGCACACUAAUGUUCUGCCGAAUUCUCGGGGACCACACAUACUCGGCCCGGGUGGGGAAGGUCCUAGGAGAGAAUAUUUUUGUUCCAAUGGACAUUGCGCUUCCCCGCACACAGGUGCUAGAAGAGAAUGUUUUGCGCCGGAUGCACUUCACACAACAGCAGAUGCAUCGCAUGCCCCUCCAUCUACACUUUCAACAACUUAUGAUUCCCGGUGAGUCUCCUGCAGAGGGGGACACCUUUCUCGAUGCACCACCACCCCCUUUCUUCCAACGGACUCUCCAACUGUUGGGACUGUAUGCAAACAAACAGCUUUGCAGUGACAGAGACACUUAUACAGCCAAAUAAAGACUUUUCUUCUAAAGAUUGUUGUACAGCAGUAUGGCAACGCCGGGCUGGCUCCAUGAAUGAACUUACUAAAGAAUUCUGUCUGUG